AUGACAUCUCGACUUUUACCGUCGGCUCGUAUGGCAUCUUCCAAUCCUAAGUACUAUAAUGAGGAAGAACCUUAUGCUGAAUUUAAAGAACGCUUUAUGUGUGCUUUUAACCAACCCAAUUUGGACGGUUGGUGGAUGCGCAAGUACCUUCAGGAUUUGCACUCAGAGGAUAUUAUUCCCGAACCGGAUAUUGUCAUUUCAAUUUUCAAGGCCUGUAGGCGUCUAAACGACUUAGCUCUAGCUAUCAGGUAUCUUGAAAGUUUGCAUCAUAAAUGCGAAAUCAAGUCGGAACUCUUCCCGUGGUUGAUGCAGGAAGUUGGUCCAACCAUGAAGGAACUCGGUAUUCCAACUUUGGAAGAACUGGGUUAUGAUAAGCCCGAGCUGUAUACCUUAGAUUAUGAUGAUUAA